AUGAAAGAAGACGUUCUUGUCAGAAAGUUGCUAGCCGAUGGAGAAGGAACAGGAGAAGAGCGCAGGUUCCUGCAAUUGAUGUCGUUUUUCCGAGAUGUGAAAAAAUCGGAAAAUGAUCCUAAAACUGCAGAGGCUAUAAAAAUGCUUAAGAACCUAGAUUCGUUAGUAUUGUCGGCUCAGAAAAGUAUUCAAAUUGCCGAGAUGAAUCGGCAACAAGCCGCCGAAUUUGAAGAAGUUGUCAAAGAAGUUGAAGCCGAGAUUGAAAAGCGAGUAGACUCGAUUGAAGACGCGAAGAAGGAGUUAGCCGCAGCUCGAAUUGUCAAAAAAAAUCGACAAGAAUACUUGAAAAGUGUCAAAUCGAUCGAACAAUUUCCAACAAGAGAGGAAACGUCGCGAAGAUUGAUCGAGAUUCGCGAUGAGUUUGAAAGGCAACAUGAAAGGCAGAGGAUAUUAGAGGCUAAGAUUAGCGAGCGACGCAACCAAAUGCUGGCGCUCAACAUCGUCCUGUACAACUUCAACCGGUUCAUUCAAGCCGACGAUGAGGAUCUUGAAACUGAGAUGGACGACGAUGGCGCAAAAGAGCGAGAUAGUCAAAAUCGCGACGAUGAACAGCAUUCGUCGAAAGACGUCAAAUCAAGAGCGGCUUCAAUCGAGCAUUAA